CACUCCUCUACUGCCUGCCAAAAUCACUACACUCCCGAAUCGCCAAAAAAAAAAUAAAAUCCAGAGAGGAUUUUUUCCGGUGACUGUGUUUCCGCGGGGAAAAAAAUGCUGAACCUUCCGGAUUCUCUGUACGAGGACUACAAUCUCAUGGUGACUCGGUCCUCCGCCGCCGGAGCUUCCACCAGCCAACCUCCGCUCUCCGUCGCCACCAUCAUCCGCUGGAUCAACGAUCUUCAGUUUCCGGCGAGUCGAGAUUUGGCCCUCCAGAAUCUCGCCGACAAUAGGGACAGCUUUGAGGAUUUAGCGUUGCUCUUAUGGAGUUCUUCAAUCCCGAUUAGCGCACUGUUACAGGAGGUCAUUGGAGUGUACACAGAGCUUUCAUCGCCUGUUUUGUGUCCGAGGUUAUCAACUCGAGUGUACAAUGCUCUCCUUCUGUUUCAGUGCAUAGCCUCUCAUCCCGAGACAAGGGCAAAAUUUCUUAAGGCUAUGAUGCCACACUAUUUCUAUCCUUUGCUGCAAACGACACACACAGAUAAGCCCCGUGAAUACCUAAGGCUCGGCAGCUUGGGCGUCCUCGCUCAGCUGUUGAAAUCGCCGGAAUAUGAAGAAGGGGCACGUUUCCUGAUAGAUUCUGACGCGGUCAGUUGUUGCCUUCAUUGCCUUGGCAUUGGCUGUAUAGCAUCACAGACAGUAGCGACAUAUAUACUGCACAAGAUACUGAUGACGGAGGAGGGGCUGCAGUACUGCUGUGUACUGGCGGAGCGUUACUUUACAAUAGACGGGCUACUGAAGAAGCUGAUGGUGAAGCUAGCGGGCAUGAAGAAGAAGCCUCCUCCCAACUUGUUGCAGCUCGUUGUGGGGUGCUACCUCAGGCUCUCCAUGAAAUCCAGGGCGUGCGAGGGGAUAAGAAGGUACAUACCAAUUCUGCUAGUGGACAGCACCUUCGAGGAGUUCCUAUCUGAGGAUCCGCUGGCCAACGAUUACAGGAACAAGCUGCUUCAGAAUCUGAGAAACAAAGCGUUUAACUAAAUAUGCCAGAUUAUGUAUGCUAUCUGUCUCACCAAAAAACACAAAACGAAUACACACACAUAUCCACACACACACACAACCCCCAAAAAAGGAACAGAAACUUCCAGAGACUGUUAUGUAUAUGUAUGGUAUGGACCACAGAUGGAUGCUCUCUCUCUCUCUCUGA